AGCUUCUCAUUUCUUAUUACCGCCUUCCUUUCUCUCUCUAAAUCUCUCUCUCCCCUCUCCCGUCUCUGCUCUUCGCUCUGCGAAUCCAUGGAGGUCCAGCCUACAACAGUGGACGCUCAAGCCCAGCAAAAUGCAGAAGCAGAGCCUGAAUCUUCAAAUGGUCGCUCUGAAAAGGAUGACUUGCUCUCUAAAGCCCAUAAUUUCGUGGCGAAGAUCACUUCGUCACAGGCAAACCCUAAUUCUAAGGUCCUCCAUGCCCUGGCUUCGAUGAUGGAGACUCAAGAAUCCAGAUAUGUUGAGGAGUCAGGUCGUUCUUCCUUCAGCAAUGGUCGGGCCUCUCAUAAUAUAGGACGCCUGGGAAAUUUAAUUCGGGAUAAUGAUGAAUUCUUUGAGCUUGUUUCUUUCAAAUUCCUCACUGAGAGCCGAUAUUCUACAAGUGUUCGUUGUGCUGCUGCACGGUUGCUUCUUGCUUGUUCUACGACCUGGAUGUAUCCCCAUGUUUUUGACGAAUCAGUGCUUGAGAAUGUCAAACGUUGGGUGAUGGAUGACAAAGGUGAAGCUGACGGGAAUAACCCUGUUGAUAUGCAUAUGUUGAGGACUUAUGCGACUGGACUUCUGGCUGUGUCAUUGAGUGGGGGUGGUCAAAUGGUGGAAGACGUGUUAACAUCUGGUUUAUCAGGGAAACUUAUGAGGUUUCUUCGCACCCGUGUGCUGGGAGAAAUAAACACAAGCCAGAAAGAUUCUAGUUUUCCAACAGAGAGUAAACGAUUUUCUAAUUCUACAUUUUCAAGAGGGCGAGAAGAGAAUAAAGGGAGAACACGGCUAGCAUCUGACGCUAUUCGUGUGGAUGUUGCAAGACCACUUGAUGAGGGGUUAGCAGAUGAUCAGAAUAUUGGCAGGGAUCGUGAGAGAAGUGUCAGUUCCAAACAAGCUGGUGUGAUGGAUUUCUUUGAAGACUCAAGAGAUGAAACUUUAGAAGAAAGUGUGAGGGAUGAGACUUCAAGACGGAGGGGAAAUCGUGCAGCCUCGCGUCCUGAAAAGCCUUUGACCUCUCCAGGAAGUGGGAUACGGUUAGGAGGACAGGUGCGAAAUACUAAAGAGAGGAAUCCAGUGAAAUCUGGAGAUUCUAGAAGAAUGAUGGAUACUAAGAAGGAUUUCAACAAGACUGAUGCAGAUGCUUCUGUUACAGAGAGAGAGGAGAAUGAUUAUUCCUGUAAAGAAUUCAAGGUUGGUACAAAAGACAUAUCUGAUCUGGUAAUGAAAGCAUUUAGAGCUGCUGAAGAUGAAGCCAGAGCGGCGAAUGCACCCCACGAGGCAGUCAAAGCAGCUGGUGAAGCUGCUGCCGAGCUUGUCAAGACUACUGCUUUGGAGGCAUUGAAAAAUACGGGUGAUGAAGAAGCUGCUCUCUUAGCUGCAUUGACAGCUGUUUCUACUGUUGUAGAUGCUGCUAAAGCAACUGAGGUUUCAAGGGAAAGCCUGACUGCUAUUGGGGAAUCAACAAGUACCAAGGAACCUGAAAAGGAGGAGGAACUAGAAGGCUAUGUUAUCCUUGAUGCUGAAUCUCUUGCUCAGAAAAUGGAGCUAUACUGCAUUCAAUGUCUUGAGAAGCUAGGAGAAUAUGUUGAGGUCUUGGGUCCUGUUUUGCAUGAAAAGGGAGUGGAUGUCUGCCUUGCAUUGUUACAUCACCAUUCUAAGGACAAGCAGUCUGUGAAAAGCUUGGCCAUGCUGUCGGAAGUGCUGAAACUCAUCUGUGCUUUAGCGGCUCAUCGCAAAUUCGCGUCGUUGUUUGUGGAUCGUGGUGGUAUGCAGAAGCUUUUAGCUGUCCAAAGAAUUCCUCAGACUUUUACCGGCCUUUCUUUAUGCUUGUUUGCCAUUGGAUCUCUCCAGGCAAUCAUGGAACGUGUCUGUGCUCUUCCUCCAGAUGUCAUCCAUCAAGUCGUUGAGCUAGCACUUCAACUUAUGGAAUGCUCCCAAGAUCAAGCUAGAAAAAAUGCUGCCUUGUUCUUUGGUGUUGCCUUCGUCUUUAGAGCAGUGCUUGAUUCUUUUGAUGCACAAGAUGGUUUACAAAAGAUGUUGAAUCUUCUGAGAACUGUAGCCUCUGUCCGAUCUGGUGGUAAUUCUGGAGCAUUGGGUCUAUCUAAUUUGGGAGCUCUUAGAAAUGAUAGAGGUCCUAAUGAGGUUUUAACAGCUGCGGAGAAGCAGAUUGCUUACCAUACAUGUGUCGCAUUGCGUCAAUAUCUUCGUGCCCAUCUUCUUUUGCUUGUAGAUUCUCUUCGUCCCAACAAAAACCGAAGUGCGGGAAGGAACAUUCCAAGUGCAAGGGCUGUCUACAAGCCCCUCGAUAUCAGCAAUGAAGCUAUGGAUGCUGUGUUUUUACAGCUACAGCGGGACCGAAAGCUUGGGCCAGCUUUUGUAAGAGCACGCUGGCCCGUUGUUCAAAAGUUCCUAGAUUUCAAUGGGCAUACCAUUCUUUUGGAGUUAUGCCAAGCCCCACCUGCUGAUCGCUAUCUGCAUGACUUGGCCCAGUAUGCCUUGGACAUUUUGCAAUUAGUUACACUGGUCCCUAACAGUCGUAAGGCUGUUGUGACUGCUACUUUGAGCAAUGAACGUGUGGGUAUGGCUGUCAUUUUGGACUCGGCGAAUGGUGCUGCUUAUGCUGAUCCUGAGGUAAUUCAACCAGCUCUGAAUAUCUUGGUCAAUCUUGUCUGCCCUCCUCCAUCUCUGAGUAAUAAACCCCUCUCACUUACCCAAAGUCAGACCAAUGCUCAAGCAUCUUUGCCCACCCAGAAUGAACGGAAUGGGGAACAGGCUGUUACAGAGCCCGGUGGCUCAGCUCCCCAGGGGCCAGCAACUGGAAACAGUUCACAAUCUAGUGGACCUUCUGUUGCUUCGGGAGUGGUUGGAGAUCGUAGGAUAUCUUUGGGACCUGGACAUGGUUGUGCUGGCCUUGCUACAACUAUGGAACAAGGAUAUCGACAAGCGAGGGAGGCUGUUCGAGCAAACAAUGGAAUAAAGGUGCUUUUGCAUCUCCUCCAUCCAAGAGUAGUCCUUCCUCCAGCCUCUCUCGACUGCAUUCGUGCUCUCGCAUGUCGAGUUCUGCUUGGUUUAGCCAGAGAUGAUGUAAUUGCACACAUAUUGACAAAGCUACAGGUUGGGAAAUUGCUUUCUGAACUUAUUCGAGAUUCAGGCAGCCAGGCACCUGGAAUGGAGCAUGGAAGGUGGCAAGUGGAACUUAGCCAAGUGGCCAUGGAACUCAUUGCAAUUGUGACAAAUUCUGGUCGUGCAAGUACAAUAGCAGCCACUGAUGCUGCUGCCCCUACUCUGAAGCGCAUUGAGAGAGCAGCCAUAGCUGCAGCUACGCCUAUUACUUAUCAUUCCAGGGAGCUGUUACUCCUCAUACAUGAACACCUCCAGGCAUCUGGCCUGAAUGCUACUGCUGCUGCAUUAUUGAAGGAGGCACAGUUGACACCAUUACCAUAUCUCUCUGUACCAACGCCAGUCCUGCAUCAAACAGCUGUCCAAGAGAACUUAGCUGUGCAGUUCCAAUGGCCAUCAGGACAUGUCUCUGGUGGGUUUCUCUCAGGAGCACCAAAGCCAAUGCUUCGAAUUGAAGAUUCUGGCCCAAAGGUCGACAUGUCAGCAAGUGGUUCAAAGAAGAAAUCAGUCUCUUUCUCACCCAUCUUCAGCUGUCAAGCAAAAACUCAGACAGCAUCUCAACAAACACCUGGAUCAAAGUCUGUUUCCAGAGCUUCAAAUUCAAAGAAUCUCUCUCUAUCUUCUAGGACACCUGAAGUUCUAUCAGCUCCACUAGAAAACUCAAGGACUCCCAUAAUAGAAAACUUAAAGACACCCAUUUUGUUACCCAUGAAGCGAAAGCUAACAGAUAGGGAGAGUGCUUCCUCAUCACCAGCGAAGCGUUUCGCCUUGACGGAUUCUUCAGCUCAAUCUCCUGUUGUCCCUACGCCUAAUCUUAACUCUCGUAAAGUGGGUCAAAUUUCAGAUGCCUCGACCUUUCCAGUCACUCCAAGCUCUACUCAUAAAAAUUUCUAUUGGAGUUCCUCAACACCCAACUCAAUGUUUUUAGAUAAUUCAGAAGAUAGCACUCCCGGCCUCUUUGCUGAGCCUCAACCACCAAACACAGAGCGAGCAACCCUUGACUCACUGGUGGUACAGUACCUAAAGCACCAGCACCGACAAUGCCCUGCUCCAAUUACCACUUUACCCCCAAUAUCUUUGCUUCAUCCCCAUGUUUGCCCUGAAUCCAGUAAAAGCCUUGAUGCACCAGUGAACCUAGCUGCUCGCUUGGGCACCCGUGAGUUCAGGACCCACUAUGGUGGGAUGCAUGGCCAUCGUCGCGACCGCCAUUACAUCUUCAGCCGCUUCCGCCCUUGGCGUACCUGCCGAGAUGAAUCUGUGCUCCUAACGUGCAUCACAUUCCUAGGAAAUGCAUCGAGGGUUGCGACUGGGUGCCACACUGGUGAGCUCAAGGUCUUUGACUCGAAUAGUGGCAAUUUGCUUGAGAGCCACCAUGGCCACCAGUCGCUUGUGACCCUUGUCCAGUCAACCCCUCGAGCCGAUGACCCAAAAAUGCAGCUUAUCCUAUCAUCGGGCACAAGUGAUGUGAGGCUUUGGGACUCAUCAGCCUUAUCAAGUGGACCUUUGAGCUCAUUCGAGGGGUGUAAAGCUGCGAGGUUCAGCCAUGGAGGUACCGUGUUUGGUGCGGUGUCGGCAGAGUCAGCUCGGAGGGAGGUUCUGUUGUAUGAUGUGCAAACUUUUAAUCUUGAGCAGAAGCUCACAGAUACUUCAGUCUCGCCUCCAGUUCGGGGGCAUGUACAGUCAAUUGUGCAUUUUAACCCUUCAGAUACAAUGUUGCUUUGGAAUGGGAUCUUGUGGGAUCGUCGCACUUCUGGGCCAGUUCAUCGGUUUGACCAGUUUUCAGACUACGGGGGCGGUGGUUUUCAUCCAGCUGGGAAUGAGGUGAUCAUAAAUUCGGAGGUGUGGGACCUAAGGAAGUUCCGGCUACUAAGGAGCGUGCCCUCAUUAGACCAAACCAUCAUCACCUUCAACUCAGGUGGGGACAUUAUAUAUGCCAUCCUUCGAAGGAACCUUGAGGACAUAACAUCGGCAGCUCAACCUCGACGCGUGAGACACCCCCUCUUUGCUGCCUUCCGCACAAUUGACGCAGUCAGCUACUUGGACAUUGCCACUGUUCCUGUUGAUCGUUGUGUUUUGGACUUUGCAACUGAGCCGACUGACUCAUUUGUUGGUGUGGUGGCCAUGGAUGACCAUGAAGAGAUGUAUGCAUCAGCUCGAAUCUACGAAGUCGGUAGGAGGCGACCUACAGAUGAUGACUCUGACCCUGAUGAUGGGGCUGAGUCUGAUGAUGAUGAUGAUGAGGAUGAGGACGAGGAUGAGGAUGAUGAUGGGGCUGAUGAUGACGCAUUGGUAGGACCUGGGGGGCUUGGUGGUGAUGAUGAUGAUGAUGAUGGGGAUGAUGAUGAUGAAGAGCUUGAGGAGGGGGAUUUAUUUAGUGAAGGGGAUGAUGGGGAUUUUGACGAGGAUGGCAUUGGGGGAGGGAUAUUGGAUAUCGGAACUGACGAUGAUGAUGAUGAAGAGAGCCAAUUGUUGGAGUCAUUUAGUAGUGACGAUGAGGGGUCUCUGGGGCGCUUGAUGUGGUGAUGGAUGGGAUGCUAGUGGCGAGUUAGAGAUAGUUUUUGAGAGAGAGAGAGAGAGAGAGAGAGAGAGAGAGAGAGAG